CUCUAUUUUCGGUUGGACCGGUCAGAAUAAGGUUGAACCCGGUAUUAAAAUAAAUAAUCGGUUAAUUACAUCAUAACCGAAACAAUCUCAGAAAACAGAUUCUCUUUCGUCUCCCUCGGAACCAAACCUCGUCUCUCCUCCGCCUUUCUUAAACCCUCAAAAAAAACCCCUUGUCUUAUUGCGGAGAGAAGAUGGCGAUGGGGCGUCUUCUUCUUACGCCCAAACUGAAUCCCCAUUUCAGCAUCAGAGGUUUCCUACCUUUGACGAAGAGAUGGUCUUCUUCUUCUUCCUCUUCCCUGGAGGAUGGCCGGAGGAGUCUCGAGAGAUUGCCGGAUUCUAACAAAGAUAUUGGCCAAAAGGGAAUGCAUUGGUACUCUUUUGGAGGCUUACUCACUAAUCUGAAGCAAAAGAUUAUGGGGAACUUGCCCUUGCUCAACAAACCUCCAUUUGAAGAAGGCUCGGUUCUGUCGAAACCACCCAUGCUUUCUUCACUAGAUGUGUCUGCUGUUGAAAAGGUAAUCAGCUUCCAGAACGCUGCUGAGAACAAAAACAGUAUCCCUCAUCCGAGUGCAAAAAAAGAGUCUUUAGUCUCUGAAGAUGAUGCAUCUCAAAGUGUUGCUAUUUCUGGGAGGAGAGAAACCACAACAUCUGUAGAGAAAGUGAUGUUAGAUAGUAAUAGCUUAGACGGCUUGAAGCUUGCACAGGAGAAGGUGUUGGGUUUGUUACAAGCUGAUAGAGUGGAUAAAAAGGAAUCACCUCAGAAGAAACUCUCCAACAUGUUCAUCAACCUGCAUCCAGAUAAGGAGGUUAAGCCUCGUCUCAGAUCUGAGGCGUUGAGUAACAGUAUUUCCAGAUUGUCCACAAGAGAAUCCUCUCGUGAUGAGGGUGGUCCACACGUCCCUGUCCAGAAAACGAAGAAUGUCAUCAAGGAAAAUGAUCAAAAGAGCGGAGAACUAGUUGCUAUUAGAGAAAGGAAUCCUUUUGGAAGUUCUAGAGGAGCCGUUGUACCUGUGGCAGUGAGUAGAGACUCGAGCAUCAAGAAGGUGAUAGAGUACCUUCACGCUCCAACCAACAAUGGCACGAAAAAGAGUUAUCUUUUUUGUGUGACGGAAGAAGAAGAAGAAUCCAAAGGAUUGUGCAGCCAGGCCACCUUGGCUGCUGCUGCUACCAGUGCGAACCAAGAGUCAACGGAAAAGAGUUUGGACGCAUUAUCUAUCAGAGAGCACUCUCCUAACAGAGUAGUAUUGAGGUUUUUGCACGAAGGGUUUCAGAAGAGUGACAUCGUUGAUUCAUUUUCUGAGUUUGGAGCCGUUUUAGAUUUUCAAGAAGUUCCAUCUUUCGAGGGGUGUAUUUACAAAGAUGCUCUCGUCACUUUUGAGACUAAAUCAGCAGUCAAGAAGGCUCUCAAGAAAGGUGUUGUGAUGUUGAAACAUUCCAGUGCAAUUGUUGAGGCAGUUUCUCAGGAAGACAUGGUUGAAAAGAUACGUAUUCCGGAUCUCAUUGGCGAUCCAGAUGUGCCUGUUUCAUUGGUGAAGGAACCAACCAGAACAGUUAAGAUUCAUCCACUAGAUCAAAGUAUAGGUUCGAAUCAGAUCAGAGAAGCGCUAAGGUUCUGUAAGAGUGACAUAUCUAAGAUCAUCUUUGGUUCAUCGACAACAGCUGCUUUCAUCGAGUUUGAGACGGAAGAUGGUAAAGAGAGAGCACUUGCAGCGCAUUCAGUUGACGUACAGAACAAGCCACUGUUUAUCUCUAGGAUUGAUAUACCGAGGACAACCGUUGCAAGGAUCUCGAACUUGUCAGGAUUAAUGACUGGUGACUUGCGGAAACUGUGUAUGCCUUAUGGGCAGAUCAAACAGAUGUUUCACAGAGGAAAGGGUGUUGCAGAUGUUCAUUUCGAUAUCUCUGAGUGGCCAAACAUGCUCACUAUUCUCAACAGCAUGAAUGGUAAAGAGAGAAACGGUAAGAAGUGGGUGGUUCGACCAGCGACGACAGUUAUACCUCAUGAGAUUCUGAAGGUUUUGUGGGAAGACCCUCAAGGAAUGAGGUAUGUGAAAGGUUUGAUUAAGGAUAUGGUGAGAGAGAUUGAGCAGCCUUUAGAUUCAGCUGCCUUAUCUUCAUUGUGCUCAGCUCUUGAAGAUUAGAGGAUAGAGAGCCAUUGUUUUGGUUAAACAUCUAUCAAAAGGAAAACCUAACCACGUAAAGAAAAUUUCCAAUCAA